UUUAUUUAUACUUUAGGAGGGACGAGGGAGAGAGAGGUUGUUGGGAGGAUUGGGAUGCGAGAUGGACAAAAAGGGUUUCCUUUGGUGAAUUGAAUUGCUUACUUGGUUUGCUAUGCUAUGCUGUGCUGUGCGAUGCUAUGGUUCUUGGCAUAAGGAGACGAUCCAGAGAACAGGUGAUGUCUGAGUUGAAUUGAGGUAUAUAUAGUGGUGCGUGUGUGUGGGAGUGAUUGGUCAAUGAACGACACCAGCAUUCUCAUCCAAUUGGUUUCCUCGCCUCCCACAUGGGCAACUGUAAUCGCAGCCGCAUUUCUCCUCACUACCCUCACCCUCUCCAUGUAUCUUCUGUUCGAGCAUCUUUCCGCUUACAAGAAUCCCGAGGAGCAGAAGUUUUUGAUUGGGGUUAUCCUAAUGGUUCCCUGCUAUUCUAUUGAAUCGUUUGUAUCAUUGGUCAAUCCAUCAAUCGGGGUCGAUUGCGAGAUUCUCCGGGACUGCUAUGAAUCCUUCGCCAUGUAUUGCUUUGGAAGAUACCUUGUUGCCUGCCUUGGCGGCGAGGAACGGACCAUUCAGUUUAUGGAAAGACAGGGUCGUCUCUCUGUUAAAAUUCCUCUUCUGCAACAUUCUUCUGACAAGGCCACUGUUAACCAUCCCUUUCCUCUCAACUACUUCUUUAAACCCUGGAAACUCGGUCAUCGCUUCUACCAAAUUGUUAAAUUUGGCAUUGUUCAAUAUAUGCUAAUCAAAGCUUUCACUGCUAUUCUCGCUGUAAUCCUUGAAGCCUUUGGAGUCUACUGUGAAGGAGAAUUUAAAGCAGGAUGUGGGUAUCCAUAUACGGCAGUGGUUCUGAAUUUUAGUCAGUCAUGGGCUUUGUACUGCCUUGUUCAGUUUUAUACUGUUACAAAGGAUGAACUGGCUCAUAUAAAACCAUUGGCCAAGUUUUUGACAUUUAAAUCAAUUGUGUUCCUCACUUGGUGGCAAGGUGUGGCAAUUGCUCUCCUGUGCACCUUUGGUUUGUUCAAAAGUCCCAUUGCUCAAGGCCUGCAGUUCAAGUCAAGUGUCCAAGAUUUCAUCAUAUGCAUUGAGAUGGGAAUUGCUUCCAUAGUUCACCUGUAUGUGUUUCCAGCCAAGCCUUAUGAGUUAAUGGGAGACCGCUUUCCUGGAAGCGUUUCAGUUCUGGGAGAUUACUCUGCUGACUGUUCUCUGGACCCUGAUGAAAUUAGGGACAGUGAGAGACCCACAAAGCUGCGUCUUCCUACACCAGAUGAUGAUACCAAGAGUGGGAUGACGAUUAGAGAGAGUGUUCGUGAUGUUGUUAUUGGUGGUGGUGGAUAUAUUGUUAAGGAUGUGAAGUUCACUGUUCAUCAAGCUGUGGAGCCCGUGGAAAAGGGGAUUACUAAAUUCAACGAAAAACUACACAGAAUCUCCGAAAAUAUUAAGAAACAUGACAAAGAUGGAAGAAGAACCAAGGAUGAUAGUUGCAUUGCCUCAUCAUUACCUGCAAGGAGAGUGAUUCGGGGAAUUGAUGACCCCCUCUUGAAUGGGAGUGUCAGCGAUAGUGGCAUAUUGAGGGGGAAGAAACACCGAAAGAAAUCUGGAUGUGCAAGUGGAGAGAGUGGAGGUGAGAGCAGUAGUGAUCAAAGUUUUGGAGGCUACCAGAUUAGAGGCCGUAGGUGGGUUACUAAAGAGUAACCAAUUGUUAGGGAACAGCUUAUGAGUGGGAGGAAUAAUUUGUUACAUGCUCAGACUGGCUUUUGAAACAUGUUUGGUGCAUGAGAAUUCUGGUUGAUAUUUUCUUGUAUAUUCUUGUGCCAUUGUAUUAGGGGUCUUUCUGUAUUUGUAUAGAGGUUACUUCUGGCAGCUUCUAAUGCUUUGUACCAAACUAGAAAUUUCCUGCGGCUGCCAGAAUAAGCCAUUGUUUCUCGGGGACAAUAUUAUUUGAUACUGGCUGGGACAUUUGGAAUUUA